AUGCAUCAUCACACAGACUGCAUAUCCAGAGGCUGCCAUAUUAUACCUUUCGCCUGGGGUGAGUCGUUCAACAUUUGUGAGGAAAUUAGAGGCAACUACCUUCCGACAAUGAAACCCCUAUUUGAUGAUGAGAUCUUGAAUUACGUUCUCGAUUCAUACAAAGCACCAGGAGAUGCAGACAAGGUGUGGAAUAUGGUAAGCUUGAGCAGUAACCUUCAUAACUGGUGGUCCAGGGCCCUCUUUGGGCUGAAGUAUCACGGCGUCGAAGGUUCUUUCGAUGGAAAUAUUGUGGUUACGCUACACCUCUACUAUCAGCUCAAGAAAUGCUCGAGGGAUAUCUCUGUGAGCUUGAACUUACCAUCUGGCUAUCCGCUCAAGACUGGCCACACCUUUAGAGGCUUUAUGGAGGCCGACGAGGGGCCUAAGUUUAAUGCGGCAAUCAAGAUACAGUGGACACUCACGCAAAUUGCAUCAAUGUCGGCGUAUGCAGAGACCUUGGAGAUGCAGGGCAAGGGCGAUCCGGAUAUCGAUGAAUGGCUCCAAAAUCUUCAGAUUGAUUCCGAAAUUGAGCCAGGACUAUGGAUGCCAAUGGAACAAUCGCCAAUACCAGAGCAGCAGCCUCAGGAGCAGCAGCCUUUUAAGUUCGGCUGGUCACGCCCCGGAAACGUUCCUGCUCCUGAUCGCCCACAUUCCGGUUCUCUUGGCCCUCAGAAACCCUCAAGCGGAAAGCCCAAGGGCGUUUCACAGAGUCAAGAUGCGCCUGGAGACAAGCUCGCGGUGCGCCUUGCACAUCCGUCAGCUCCUGCAAGCUUGCUGAACGACGGAGAGCCAUGGGUGAUAAUGAGUCAUACUGCAGCCUCCAUUCAACAGGGCCUCGAUAGAGAGGCGGAUAGAUGA